AGGGCGGGGGGGCUCAAGCCGGCGCGGUGCCCCCACAGCCUGUCCCCGGCGCUGGGUUUCGAGUGAUGGGGAACGGCUGCGGCGUGGGGCGGGGGCCCGGGGCCGCCCUUCGCUCCCCCCCCCCGCCACUAGCCCGUCGAGCUCAGCCCGGAGCCCCGGGGGGGCCGGCGGGGCGCGGUGCAGUGGCGGCGUCGGGCCGUGGGGUGGCACGGCCGAGCCAGCCGGGAGAGCAGCGCCGGGCGGUGCUGCUGCCUGGGAGGGUCCCCGGGCACCGCAGCCCCGUCCCCGCAUCCCCACCUUCCUCUUUCCCCGCAUCCCUGCCUUCCCGCUUCCCGGCAUCCUUGCUUCCCGGCAUCCCUGCCUUCCCGCGUCCGCACAUCCUCCAUCCCUCCCUCCAUCUCUCCAUCCCUCCAUCCACCCCUGCAUCCCUCCCUCCAUCUCUCCAUCCCUCCCUCCAUCUCUCCAUCCCUCCCUCCAUCUCUCCAUCCCUCCAUCCACCCCUGCAUCCCUCCCUCCAUCUCUCCAUCCCUCCUUCCAUCCCUGCAUCCAUCCCUCCCUGCAUCCCUCCCUCCAUCCCCGCAUCCCUCCCUCCCAGCGCCGCUCAGCACCGCCGAGGAGCCGAGCCCUGACGCCCCCGCGGUGGGGGAGCAGGUCGGGGUGGGGGGGUGGGGGGUGUGGGGGUCCUGCCCGCCUCUUGGCAGCACGGGCCCGGGGGGCUGCAGCCGGGCGCAGCGCCAGCCCCGAGGCGUGCGGGGGCUGAGCGGCCCCCGCACCCCGCGCCCACCCUCCACACAGCCGCCCCCGUGCCGGGGAUGAGGCAGCGUCGAGGGGGACACGGUCCCGCCGUGCAGCGCCGCCGCAGCUAACGCUGGCGGGAGCUCGCCGCCUCCGGCCCACCAUGCCCUCCUCCAAGACCGGCAGCGAGUACUGGAUCGACGGGUCCCACCGCGAGACGGCCCUGGAAGAUUUCUACGUCGUGGGCCCCGAGCUGGGACGGGGAGCCACCUCGGUGGUGUACAGCUGCGAGGAGAAGGGCACGGGCACCCCCUACGCCGCCAAGAUACUGAAGAAGACGAUCGACAAAAAGAUCGUGAGGACGGAGAUCGGGGUCCUGCUGCGGCUCUCGCACCCCAAUAUCAUCAAGCUGAAGGAGAUCUUCGAGACGCCCUCCGAGAUCGCGCUCGUCCUGGAGCUGGUGACGGGAGGAGAGCUCUUCGACAGGAUCGUGGAGAGGGGUUUCUACAGCGAGCGGGAUGCGGCCCACGUCGUCAAGCAGAUCCUGGAAGCCGUUUCGUAUUUGCAUGAAAAUGGAGUCGUCCACCGCGACCUGAAGCCGGAGAACCUGCUCUACGCAGACCUGUCCCCCGACGCUCACCUUAAAAUCGGUGACUUUGGGCUCUCCAAGAUCGUGGAUGAACAGGACACCAUGAAAACCGUCUGCGGGACGCCGGGGUACUGCGCCCCCGAAAUACUCCACGGGUGCCCGUACGGCCCUGAAGUGGAUAUGUGGUCCGUGGGCGUCAUCACCUACAUCCUGCUCUGCGGCUUCGAGCCCUUCUUCGACCCCCGCGGGGACCAGUACAUGUACAGCCGCAUCCUCACCUGCGACUACGAGUUCGUGUCCCCGUGGUGGGACGAGGUUUCCCUCAACGCCAAGGACUUGGUCAGAAAAUUGAUCGUCCUGGACCCCCAGAAGAGACUGACCGUCUACCAGGCUCUGGAGCACCCCUGGGUCACCGGGAAAGCUGCUAAAUUCGCUCACAUGGACAGCACGCAGAAGAAACUGCAGGAAUUUAACGCCAGGCGGAAACUGAAGGCUGCCAUGAAAGCCGUGGUGGCUUCCAGCCGCUUGGGCAACCACGGGCACCACGACUGCUCCCGCAGCGGGCGCAGCCAGGGGGGGCCCCGGGAUGCCUGCAUGCCCCAGGGAACGGGGACCGCCGGCCCCGAAGCCACCGCCACCGAGGACCUCGGUGCUUUCCGGAGCGACUGUCCCGCUGUGUCCAAGGUUCCCGUGAACGGCGCCGGCUGCAAGAGCUAACGGCUCGCCGCGGCUUCCACAAGCAAUACCCCACCGACCCUCGGACGCUGGCACCGGGAGAGACGGGGGGAGCCGGGAGGGGGGGGACAGGAGCGCCCCGAGGGUCGGUGUGCGUCGGGGGGCCGUGGUCUGUCGCGUGGAGCAUCCUUAUUUAGUGUCCUGUUGCCAGUGCCGUCGUACCUGGUCGCUGUGAGUGUGUGUCUGUACGGACCCGACUGAGGAAACAAGGCUGGUGACUCGGUCUUCCGAAACAUUUUGGCCCCUGCGGCACGAAAAGAUCCCAAGUGGCUUAAAAACGAGGAGCAAACUGCAGAAAACAGAUUUCUUUCCCCUCCCCUGCAAAGGCAGUAGGCUGUCUCUGUGAUGGAGUUUUGUACGUUGCUGUCGAUAGCCCCGAAGGGUUUGUUUGCGUAGGGGAGAGGGUGCGUCCGGAUUAUCGCUGCCCGUCGACGCUACCUCUACAGUCGCUGCGACGAGCCCCAGCCGUAGGUUUGCUGCUGCGUUAGACGAGGUUUGUAGGAGCCUUUGAACCCAGCUGUUUGAUCCUAUCCGGACAAAAAGUGUUUGCCAGUGGUUCCUUUUAUUAUCGCUAGACGGUAGCCGGCCUCCGCUUGAUUUGUGCUUUGGUUCCACCCCAGUUUCUUUUGUUCCCACGUUCGGUCUUGCUGUGGAUCCGUGACGGUGGUAGGAUUGUCAGGAGCCGGGAACGCCGCCUCCGCGUCGGCAUUCCAGGUUACAGUUUACACGGCGAAUUUUUAACGAAGAACGACGCAACUCUUUUCUACGGCGCGUUGCGGACUUUGUAACGCGUAACGGUGCUGUCGUUCCCUGAGCGAGGACAAUGAGUUUAUACCUAUUUUGGGUUUUGGUGGUUUUUUUAAGACUAAAUGACACCAGUUGACAAAGUUCUUGAAAUUUUUUGGGCAGUUAUUUACCAAGCCACAGGAUAAGCAUUUGCAGAUUUCAAUACAGAAGAGGUAUUUAGACAGGAAAAGCCAUAUUACAGGUGGGGGAUUAGAGAAAGGCGGGCAGCGCUGCCGUGGUCCCCGCCCCCCUCGCGGUUUGGGCCGUACACGCGUAAGAAUGUGUUUGGGCCAAAAAAAAAAAAAAAAAAAAAAAAUCUCCACUGGAGAAGAACAAAAUUUGAACAGGAGGUUCAUUUUCCUCCAGGACAGGGACGUACAACCCAUCUGCAAAUAAAAAUUAAAAUUGUGCCGAAGCCGAAAGCUGCCGCUACGGACACGCGGCUCGGCGCAGGGGGUGCGUCAGCAGCUCCGAGCCGCGGGACGGCAAACGCGCCACGAGGACUUUCACGUUUAUUUCCAGCACAAGCAGAAAUCACAAAGAUGAUGUGUAAGGGCUGAUCCGUACCGCAGGAAGCUCAUUUAUGUUCAGGGCGCUUGUAAAGCCGAAUGCAGAGGAGAGAUCGGGCGUUAAAGAGGGUUUUUUAAUUGGAAAAAUACUAGGUCUUCACCAGAAAUAUGCUUUUUUUUUUUUUUUUUAAAAAAACUAACGGUCAUACCUUCAAUGGGGAAGCAGAUGCGCAGCAAGGUAUCGCGUUGGAGAAAGCAAACGCUGAUAACAUGGGAAAAUGCUUCAGCAAGGGGAAAAUUAUUCCUUUCUCUUUGUGUUUUGCAGGAGGGGCAGUUGGUUUCUCUCCAUUUUUUUUUUUUUUUUAAUAUAGAGGGCUGAACCUUGCAGUGUGCUGAACUCCGGUCUUUAUCCCAUGCUUAGGGUGACGCUCUCUGUCCUUCGGAGUCCGUGACGUGUCCAGUGGGGACAGAACUCCACCUUCAACCAUGUUCUUUGCUAACCCGGGUCUUAAAAGACUAUUUUAUACCCUUUGACAUGAAAUACUUAUUUAAACGCCUUGCAGGACCAGGCCAGAGAGCUCAGCACACCCAGAGCCUGUGAAGCAGGGACCGAUGUUGGGCAACGCUGAAUAAGGUUAUCCUGUCCGCAGACCGCUCCUGGUCCUGCAGGAUAACGGGAAAUAAGGUAUUAAUUAGGUAACAGCGAGUAACAGAGUGUCUUCCGCGAUGGAAGGCACCCGAGGGAAAACUGUAAGGAGAAAAAGGAGUUUGCCUCUCAUGUUACGUCAACAAAGUAUUAUUCCACAAAUAUCAGUACUUAAAGGUAGGAAAAAAAAAUAAAAUAAUGUACUCCUGGGAGUCAAGCUAAUAGGAGGUGCCGUUUUGGUCUGUAUGGUGUUUUCAGGAUGUGUUUUAAUAACUUACUACUUCAGUAUAGCGGUGACAUUUCUGAUAUUGCAGGUAUUUAUAAAGAAGUAUAGACAGCUAAUAAAGUAUCAAACAUCA